UCGAUUGCUGAUCGAUAACAGCAGCCUUGAAUUAUACGUUAGACUUCUGUCCGUUCUCAGCCCGGUUCAUGGAGAACGCUGGUCAGGGGGAAGAGCGCAUCCAGGAGUGCGCCACAGAUCCUCACACUUGAUGCCCCUCUCAGCAGAGAUGGUUGAGCCCUCGUCCAGGUCGCUGUGGUCCUCUUCUAAAAUUCAGUCUCGCUCACUUCUUCUUUCCUAUCAGCUGACAUAGCGCGGCUGUGGCUGGUUCUCUCCUCAGAAAAAAAGAGAGGGAGGCAGCUUCCACCCGACAGAAAGAAUAAAUUAGGCAGUAGGUUACAUACUUGAGAGCAUGAAGGGGAUUUAUAGAGACGGAUACUACGACGGAUCUAUUGGACUACGGGACGUUUUCAACAGGAGAUGCGUUAAAUGUGGCAGCGGGGACUUAGUUCCAGCCAAAAUGAGGAGGAUGAGGACGGGCAUUGUUUUUUGGAAUCUCAUCUUUUCAUUGAUGUUCACUUGUGUGAAAGGUUUCAUCCAUACCUGUGGAGGCACAUUGAAAGGAAGGAAUGGGACGAUAGAAAGCCCCGGGUUUCCAUAUGGAUAUCCAAAUGGAGCGAACUGUACCUGGGUGAUUGUUGCAGAGGAAGGGAAUAGGAUUCAUAUAGUUUUUCAAUCUUUUGCUGUGGAGGAGGAAUAUGACUUUUUAUCUUUGUAUGACGGGCAUCCACAUCCAGCUAACUUCAGAACAAGGUUAACAGGAUUUGCCAUCCCUGCGCCCGUUACCAGUUCCGGCUCCAUUUUUUCACUGAGGCUUACCAGUGACUUUGCAGUAAGCGCUCAUGGAUUUAAGGUAGCAUAUGAAGAGCUCAGAAGUGGCUCAUGUGGAAACCCUGGAGUCCCGUCCAAAGGUAUAUUAAACGGGACUCAGUUCAACGUAGGGGACAAGAUCCGUUACCGCUGUGUAACUGGCUACGUCCUGGAUGGACAUUCACUCCUCACCUGUGUCUCCAGCACAGCUGGAGUGGCAGUUUGGGAUUUUCCAGUACCAAUCUGCAGAGCGGAAGACACAUGCGGUGGCACCCUGAGGGGCUCCAGCGGGCUCAUCUCGAGCUUUGAUUUCCCCGGCAGCGACUCUGCUAGCACUCGCGUAGGUGCUGGAGGUUUGGGCAGCAGCGGGGAGUGUAAGUGGACCAUACUGGCGGAUCCGGGCGACACUAUCUCGCUGGUGUUCACGGAGUUUCAGAUGGAGGAAAAGUCUGAUUAUCUGGAAGUAGAAGGAUCUGAACCACCAACCAUCUGGCUAACUGGAAUGAACAUCCCAGCACCAAUCAUCAGCAACAAAAACUGGUUGCGGCUGCAUUUUGUAACAGAGAGCAACCACCGCCACAAGGGCUUCAGGGCUCAGUACCAAGUGAAAAGCUCUGGAGAGCUUAAAUCCAGAGGGGUAAAAUUAUUACCAGGAAAGGACAACACUAACAAACUGUCUUUGAUGAAUGAGGGGGGAGUCAAACAGGUAUCUAAUUACUGCACUGACCCAGGCGAGCCGGACAACGGCAAACGGAUUGGUUCUGAUUUCAGCAUCGGAGCAACUGCUCAAUUUACCUGUGAUGAGGACCAUGUGCUGCAGGGUUCCAAAACGAUUACCUGCCAGCGCGUGGCUGAAGUCUUCGCAGCUUGGAGCGACCACAGGCCCGUAUGCAAGGUGAAAACAUGCGGGUCAAAUUUACAAGGACCAUCUGGGACUUUUACAUCCCCUAACUUCCCCACACAAUAUGAGAGCAACUCCCAGUGUGUGUGGAUCAUCACUGCAAGCGAUCCCAACAAGGUCAUUCAGAUCAACUUUGAGGAGUUUGACCUAGAAAUUGGUUAUGACUCUCUGACCAUUGGAGAUGGAGGGGAAGUAGGAGACUCAAAAACAAUAAUUCAAGUGCUGACAGGAAGCUUUGUCCCAGACUUGAUUGUGAGCAUGUCCCAUCAGAUGUGGCUUCAUCUCCAGUCUGAUGAGAGUGUGGGGUCGAUAGGCUUCAAGAUCAACUAUAAAGAAAUUGACAAAGAGAGCUGCGGUGACCCUGGUACACCUCUGUAUGGCUACAAAGAAGGCAGUGGCUUUUUAAAUGGUGAUGUUCUCCGCUUUGAAUGCCAGUUUGGAUUUGAGCUCAUCGGGGAAAAGAUGAUAACCUGCCAGAACAACAAUCAGUGGUCAGCUAAUAUUCCCAUCUGCAUAUUCCCCUGUUUCUCAAACUUCACCUCACCCAUGGGGACUGUGCUGUCUCCCGAUUACCCAGAGGGCUACGGGAACAACCUCAACUGUGUGUGGCUGAUUAUCUCAGAACCUGGCUCCAGGAUCCAUCUGGCCUUCAAUGACUUUGACUUAGAGCCUCCCUAUGAUUUCCUUACUAUCAAAGACGAGAAUCAGUCUGGAGCCUCAGUAUUAGGGCGUUUCACAGGAGCUGAAGUUCCCUCUCAUCUGACAUCAAACAGCAACAUUCUGCAGCUGGAGUUUCAGGCGGAUCACUCCAUGUCAGGGCGAGGCUUUAAUAUCACCUACAGCACUUUUGGGCACAAUGAAUGCCCUGACCCUGGCAUACCUUUGAAUGGCAGACGCUUUGGAGACAGUUUUCAGCUGGGAAGCUCCAUUUCUGUGGUUUGUGAGGAAGGCUUCAUUAAGACACAGGGAGCUGAUACCAUCACAUGUCACCUGGAGGACGGAAAAGCUAUGUGGAGCGGACUUAUUCCCAAAUGUGAAGCUCCUUGUGGUGGACACUAUUCAGGGCCAUCUGGUGUCAUCCUCUCUCCGGGGUGGCCAGGCUACUACAAAGACUCCCUGAGCUGUGAGUGGGUCAUCGAGGCUGAACCGGGACGAUCUAUCAAGAUUAGCUUUGACAGGUUUCAAACUGAACUCAGCUAUGACUUCCUGGAGGUGCAUGAUGGUCCCAACCUGCUGUCUCCUUUGAUUGGCUCCUUUAAUGGAACUCAGGUCCCCCAGUUCCUUUUCAGCAGCAGUAACUUCCUGUACCUGCUAUUUACCACUGACAACAGUCGAUCAAAUAGUGGCUUCAAGAUCUUCUAUGAAGGUGUCACAUUGGACACAUACUCCUGUAUGGAUCCAGGUAUCCCAGUAAAUGGUGCUCGACUGAGCCAUGACCUGUCUAUCGGCUCCACCGUGUCCUUCCAGUGUAACCCUGGAUAUAGGCUGAGCCACGAAGAGCCACUUGUUUGUGAGAAGAACCACUUCUGGAGCCACCCGCUACCCACUUGUGACGCAUCAUGUGGUGGGGAUAUCAGAGGCCCCUCGGGGAUCAUUCUCUCACCCGGCUACCCAGAGCUGUAUCCUAACUCUCUCAAUUGUACAUGGACGGUUGAAGUCAACCAUGGAAAAGGUGUCCAGUUCACUUUUCACUCCUUCCACCUGGAGGAUCACCAUGACUACCUUCUGAUAACAGAAAAUGGCAGCUUCGCUCAGCCUCUGGCUCGGCUCACUGGCUCAGAGAGGCCUGCACCAGUUAACGCUGGCCUGUAUGGGAACUUCAAGGCCCAGCUACGCUUCAUUUCGGAUUUCUCCAUAUCUCUUCAGGGAUUCAACAUCUCCUUCUCGGAGUACAAUCUGGAGCCCUGUCAGGAUCCUGGAACGCCUCGGUUCGGCUGGCAUACUGGAUCCAGGUUUGGCAUUGGGGACUCACUGUCUUUCCACUGCAACGCGGGCUAUCGUCUGCAGGGGGUGAGGGAGAUUGUGUGUUUGGGAGGUGGGCGCCGCAUGUGGAGCGCCCCUCUGCCAAGGUGUGUGGCGGAAUGUGGAUCCACAGUUUCCAACAACGUGGGAGCUCUGUUGUCACCAAACUAUCCGAAGAACUACGACAACAGCCAUGAAUGCGUGUACAGCAUCCAGGUCCAAACAGGCAAAGGCAUUAAUGUCACAGCGAGCAGCUUUCUGCUUGCACAAGGUGACAUUUUAAAGCUGUAUGAUGGGAAGGAUGGUACGGCUCCACUGCUCGGCACCUACACAGGCUCACAGAUGCAGGGCCUUUUCCUCACCAGCACCUCUAACUAUAUGUGGCUGGAAUUUUACUCAGACCAGGAGUCGACAGCAGCAGGGUUCCGCCUCAUAUAUCACAGUUUUGAGCUGUCACACUGUGAUGAUCCUGGAGUCCCUCAAUUUGGCUUCAAAAUCAGCGACCAUGGUCAUUUUGCUGGAAGUUCCAUAACCUUCGACUGUGAACAAGGUUACACCCUGCAUGGCAGUGCCACGCUCAGGUGCAUGACAGGGGAGAGAAGAGCAUGGGACAACAACCUCCCUUCAUGCAUAGCGGAAUGUGGUGGCAGUUUUAAGGGUGAGUCUACAGGCCGAAUCCUUUCCCCUGGGUAUCCCUUCCCCUACGACAAUAACCUAAGAUGCACCUGGACCAUUGAGGUCACCCCUGGCAACAUUGUCAGUCUUCAGUUUCUUGCAUUCGACACAGAAGCAUCCCACGACAUCUUGAAGGUCUGGGAUGGGCCUCCUGAGAAUGAAAUGUCUUUGAAGGAGGUCAGCGGCUCACUGCUGCCUGAAGGGAUCCACUCCACUCUCAACAUUGUCACCAUUCAGUUUGAGACUGACUUCUACAUCACCAAGUCUGGUUUUGCCAUCGAUUUCUCAAGUUCAUUGGCGACAGCCUGCAGGGAUCCAGGCAUCCCCAUGAAUGGCAGUCGCAACGGGGAAGGGCGGGAGCCCGGCGACUCGGUGACCUUCUCUUGUGAUCCAGGUUAUGAAUUGCAGGGAGAGAGCAAGAUCACCUGCAUCCAGGUGGAAAAUAGAUACUACUGGCAACCUAGCCCUUCAAGCUGCAUCGCUCCAUGCGGUGGGAAUGUGACUGGAUCUUCUGGAUUCAUCCUUUCUCCCAACUACCCACACCCCUACCCACACAGCAAAGACUGCGACUGGCUAAUCGCUGUUCACUCUGAUUACGUCAUUUCUUUGGCUUUCAUCAGCUUCAGCAUUGAGCCCAACUAUGAUUUCUUGUACAUUUAUGAUGGACCAGACAGCAGCACUCAUCUGAUUGGCAGUUUCCAAGACAGUAAACUUCCAGAGAAGAUUGAAAGCACUUCCAACUUUAUGUACUUGGCAUUUCGCAGUGAUGGCUCUGUGAGCUAUACUGGCUUUCAUCUGGAGUACAAAGCAAAACUUCGGGAGGCCUGUUUUGAUCCAGGGAAUGUGAUGAACGGCACUAGAAUGGGUACAGACUACAAGCUGGGCUCUAUGGUUACAUUUCAUUGUGAAGCUGGCUACCUGCUGCAGGGCUACUCCACCCUGACAUGUGUCAUGGGCAACAGCAAGAGACCAGAAUGGGAUAGAGCCAAACCAAGCUGUCAGGUGCUCUUUGGUCAGUUUGUGGUGUUCCAGACCCUUCCCACUGAUGCGGUAGAGAUAUAUGAUGGUCCUUCAACAGAGUCUGCUCUGCUUUCAUCCAUAUAUGGAUCACACUCAGGUGAAACCCUACCCUUGAGUUCAGGAAACAAGAUAACACUGAAAUUUACUACAAAUGGAACAGAAACAGCGAAAGGAUUUCAUUUUGUUUACCAAGCUGUGCCACGAACAAGCGCCACUCAGUGCAGCUCAGUCCCUGAGCCGCGGUUUGGAAAGCGGAUAGGGAACGACUUCGCCAUCGGCAAGGUGGUGCUGUUUGAAUGCAAUCCAGGUUACACGCUGCACGGCUCCAAUGCCAUCAGGUGCGAGGCCGUGCCCAGUGCCCUAGCCCAGUGGAACGGCACUGUGCCCACAUGUGUUGUUCCCUGUGGUGGAGUGUUAACCGCGCGCAAAGGCACUAUCCUCUCACCUGGUUACCCAGACCCAUACGCCAACUACCUUAACUGUGCCUGGAGGAUCUCUGUUCCUGAAGGAGCUGGCAUACAGAUUCAAGUUGUGACCUUUGCCACGGAACACAACUGGGAUUCGCUAGACUUUUUUGAUGGGGUCGAUGGCAGUGCACCGAGGCUUGGCAGCUACUCUGGUACAACAAUACCACAGCUGCUAAACAGCACCUCCAACAACCUCUACUUGACUUUCCAGUCUGACAUCAGUGUUUCUGCUGUUGGUUUCCACCUGGAAUACACAGCAAUAGGUUUGGAUUCGUGCCCAGAGCCGUUGCCUCCCAGUAAUGGCCAAAAAGUGGGGGAUCGCUACACUGUGGGUGACAUGGUUUCUUUCCAGUGUGAUCAAGGCUUUUCAUUACAGGGCAAUGCAUACAUAACCUGUAUGCCUGGGCCUGUCAGAAGAUGGAAUUACCCUGUACCGCUGUGUUUAGCUCAGUGUGGAGGCUCUAUGACAAACUUCAACGGUGUCAUUCUCAGCCCGGGCUUUCCAGGGAAUUACCAGAGCAGCCUGGACUGCAGCUGGAGAGUUCAACUCCCCGUUGGCUUUGGGAUCCAUCUACAGUUUCUGAACUUCUCUACAGAGCCUGUCCAUGACUAUUUGGAAGUGCGCAGUGGCAGUCUUGAAACGGGAACAGUGAUUGAUAGAUUCAGUGGCCCAGUGGUGCCCAACUCUCUCUUCAGCACCACCCACGAGACCACUCUCUUCUUCCACAGCGACUAUUCCCAGAACAAGCCUGGCUUCCAUAUUAUUUAUCAGGCAUAUGAACUACAAAGGUGUCCCGACCCUCUACCUUUUCGCAGUGGUAUAGUGAUUGGUCAGGACUACAGUGUGGGGAUGACCAUUUCCUUUGAGUGCUUGCCAGGUUACACACUUCUUGGAGAACCAUCCCUCACUUGUUUGCAUGGAAUAAGCAGAAACUGGAACCACCCCAUACCCCGCUGCGAGGCUCUUUGUGGUGGAAACAUAACAUCCAUGAAUGGCACAAUUUACUCUCCUGGACACCCUGCUGAGUAUCCACACUUCCAGGACUGCAUGUGGACAGUCAGAGUACCUCCAGGAUACGGCAUCUACAUAAAUUUCUCUGUUAUAAAUACAGAGCCAAUCUAUGAUUUCAUCACAGUGUGGGAUGGACCGGAUCAAUCUUCUCCUCAGAUUGGUCAAUUCAGUGGUAGCUCGGUACAGGAAGGCGUGUCAACCACUGCUAAUCAAGUCCUAAUCAAGUUCCACAGUGACUUCAGUACCAGCGGCUUCUUUGAGCUUCAUUAUUAUGCUUACCAGCUGAGAACUUGUCAGCCACCACCUCCCGUCGCCAACGCCACAAUCCUAACUGAUGGUGACGAGUUUGAAAUAGGGGACAUUAUUCGAUACUCAUGCCAGCCAGGCUUUACCAUGGUGGGCAGUGAGAUUCUGACCUGUCGACUUGGAGAGAGGCUACAGAUGGACGGACCGCCGCCCGUCUGUCAAGUGCAAUGUCCAGCCCACGAAGUGCGUUUUGACUCAACGGGGGUCAUCUUAAGUCCCGGCUACCCAGAAAACUACCCCAACCUUCAAAUGUGUUCGUGGCUGAUUAAUGUAGAGAAAGGCUACAAUGUCACUCUACAUUUUGAACUUUUUCAGACAGAAAAAGAGUUUGACAUCUUGGAAAUAUUUGAUGGCCCCAAUAUCUACAGUCAAAGUCUGUCAACGCUGAGUGGUGACAUAGAAACACCAUUCAGUCUGACUACAACAGGCAACCAGCUCCUGUUACGCUGGUCCUCUGACCAUGGGACUAACCGUCGUGGCUUCCACAUCAGAUAUGUGGUGAUGUACUGCAGUACCCCCGACUCCCCACAACACGGCUUUGUAGUGAGCCAGACUGGGGGUCAUCUUAACAGCGUGGUACGUUGGGCAUGCGACAGGGGGUACAAGAUUAUUGGGAAGGCCACAGCUGUGUGCAAAAAGACCACCUAUGGCUACUACACCUGGGAUGCGCCAGUUCCUGCAUGUCAAGCUGUGUCAUGCGGUGUACCCAGUGCGCCAGUGAACGGAGGUGUGCUUGCUGCUGAUUACUCCGUUGGCACGCGAGUGACCUACUUCUGUAACAGUGGCUACCGGCUCUCCUCCAAAGAACUGACAACCACUGUCUGCCAGCCAGACGGCACCUGGAGCAAUCACAACAAGAUACCCCGAUGCAUUGUGAUGAUGUGCCCAAGUCUUAGCUCCUUCUCUUUGGACCAUGGAAGAUGGCGGAUUGUCAAUGGUUCCCACUAUGAGUUUGGAACAAAAAUCGUUUUCACCUGCAACCCUGGCUAUUUUCGUGUUGGCCCCGCCCACAUCCAGUGCCUGGCUAAUGGAAUGUGGAGCUGGAGAAACGAGAGACCUCGGUGUAGAAUAAUUUCUUGUGGAGAUCUUCCUAUUCCUCCAAAUGGGAAGAAAAUUGGAAGUCAAACUACCUUCGGAGCAACAGCCAUUUUCAGCUGUAACUCAGGUUACGUUCUUAACGGAUCUACUGUUAGAGAGUGUCUUCUGUCUGGCCUCUGGAGAGGAGAGGAGACUCUGUGCCUCGCCGGGCACUGUGGUGUUCCUGAACAAAUAUUGAAUGGACAGGUUAUUGGGGAAAACUUUGGCUACAGAGACACUGUGGUUUACCAGUGUAAUCCUGGGUUCAGACUUAUUGGCUCGUCUGUUAGGAUCUGUCAGCAGGACCACAGCUGGUCGGGGCACCUCCCAGUUUGUAUCCCUGUCACAUGCGGCCAUCCUGGUAGCCCCAUCUACGGCCGCACCAUAGGGGAAGGCUUCAACUUCAACGAUGUUGUGCGUUUCUCCUGCAACAAAGGUUACACCCUUGAAGGACCUUCUACAGCACAGUGCCAGGCCAACCGCCAGUGGAGCCAGCAGCCCCCCUCAUGCAGAGUGGUCAACUGCACAGAUCCGGGAAUUCCAGCCAACUCUAUACGGGAAAGUAAAAUCGAACAUGGAAACUUCACGUUUGGCAGCGUGGUCUUCUACGACUGUAACCCUGGGUUUUACCUGUUUGGCUCGUCGGUGCUUACCUGCCAGCCAGAGGGCCACUGGGACAAACCUCUUCCAGAGUGCAUUGAACUGGACUGUGGCCACCCAGGUACACCACCCCAUGCAGUGAUAAGUGGAGAGAAGUUUACUUUUGGCUCCACUGUGCGCUUCUCCUGCCCUGGAGACCGUCAGCUCAUUGGGGACUCAUCACUCACUUGCCAACUGAAUGGGCACUGGAGUGGUCCUCUGCCUCACUGCUCAGGCAACUCCACUGGCACCUGUGGGGAUCCUGGCACACCUGCCUAUGCCAGCAGGGAGGUGGGGAACUUUAAAGUGCGCAGUAAAGUGCGCUUCACCUGUGCGGUGGGGCACACUCUGUAUGGUUCGGCAGAGAGGAUCUGCUUUCCCAACGGUACCUGGUCGGGCAAACAGCCAUUCUGCAAACCGGUGCAGUGUGGGAACCCGGGCACACCUGCCCAUGGCCGUAUAUCCCGUUUGGAAGGGACAGCCUUCUCCAAUUCCAUUGUGUAUUCUUGUAUGGAAGGAUACUUCCUCACAGGAUUGCCCACACGCCAGUGUCUGGCCAAUGGCACGUGGUCUGGUACUUCUCCAAAUUGCACAAUGAUCACCUGUGGCGACCCUGGUAUUCCUGCCAAUGGACUAAGACUUGGUGAGGAGGUCACGGUGGGGCACAAUGUGACAUUCUUGUGCCAGCCGGGUUAUGUGAUGGUGGGAGGUGACAGCAGCAUCACCCUGACCUGCACCAACAACGGAACCUGGAGUGGAACCAUGCCAGAAUGUCAAGUGGUGACAUGUCCUUCACCUCCCUCCAUUCCUAACGGCCUCCUGGAGGGCUCAAUCCGGGAGUGGGGGGCCAGCGUGAGCUACAGCUGUCUGCCUGGAUACGAGAUAUCCUUCCCUGCUGUGCUUACCUGCACAGGCAACGGGACGUGGAGCGGAGACCUUCCUCAGUGUUUGCCCAAGUUCUGUGGGGAUCCAGGCAUGCCCCUAAAAGGACGGCGAGAAGGACAUAGCUUUAUCUUCAAGUCAGAGGUGACGUUCAGCUGCAGCGCCCCUAAUGUGUUAGUGGGAUCAACCACAAGGAUGUGCCUGGAGGAUGGCACCUGGAGUGGGAACCAACCUCGAUGUAUAGAGCCCACAAGAAGCACUUGUGAAAACCCAGGGACACCUGAGCAUGGAUUUAUGAACUACACCACAGGCUUUAAGGUGGGCAGCAGAGUCGACUUCCAGUGCCAACAGGGACACAUACUCCAGGGAUCCACUACAAGGAUGUGUUUGCUGGAUCUCACCUGGACUGGCACUCAGCCUACCUGCAUCCCUCACUCCUGCAAGCAGCCGCGGAGCCCAGCCAACGCUGACGUGGUGGGUCUAGACCUGCCCUCCUACGGGUACACCCUGGUGUACAGCUGUCAGCCAGGUUAUUUCCUCGCUGGAGGUUCAGAGCACCGCGUCUGCCGCUCUGACGGAAGCUGGACUGGCAAGGUGCCUGUGUGCAGAGUCGGAUCAAAAACACAAGAGAAAAAUGUCAAACCUGUAACAGGGACACCGAGUCCGAAAAUAAUAGUUCCUGAUGAUGUUUUUGCACCUGACUUUGUUUGGAAAGGCUCUUACCACUAUAAGGGCCAGAAGCAGCCAAUGAGCUUGAUAGUCACCAGUUUUAAUGCCACCACUGGAAAAGUGAAUGUUACUUUAACAGACAGCAGCAUGGAGUUUCUGCUCUCUGGAGUCUACAAACGCCAGGAGGCACGGUUAAUGCUCUUGCUAUACCAGAUGAGAGCACUAACCCACAGCUCUUUGAGUAGGAUUACUGAUGAGACUUGGGCGAUGGAUGGAUUUGUUUCGGCUGAGCCUGAGGGUGGCAGCUAUGUGUUUCAAGGCUUUAUACAGGGUAAAGACUACGGACAGUUUGGAUUACAGCAACUUGGUUUGAGUCUGAGAGAGAACGUUACGCUUGCUGACCCCGAGGCGAACGGCUCUACCAACAGCAGUUCUGUGGCUGUUGCCAUCCUGGUGCCUUUUUUCGCUCUCAUCUUUGCAGGCCUGGGAUUUUAUCUCUACAAGCAGCGAAAAACGGAUAAAGCGCAGUACACAGGAUGUUCUGUCCACGAGAACAACAACGGCCAGGCCACGUUCGAGAACCCCAUGUACAACACAAACACAAAAGCCGCCGAGGGGAAAGUCGUCCGGUUCGACCCCAAUCUCAACACUAUCUGCACCAUGGUUUAAUGUCUGCUGCUUGGGAGUUAAAAAGAACUACAACCCUGAGAGAAGGGAGGAGAAUAGAACUUUGUGGGAGGUUUUGUUUUGAUUUUUGAUUGAAAAAAAUAUUUUGAAGAAAUGUUUCUAAUCACUUUCUGGUGAACACACUGCAAAGACACUAAAGGACAUAAAGCACACUUUUAGCAACCACAAUGGUAGCUGCAAUCAACAGAGUUUAGGAGAUUUAAAAAAUGAAAGCAAGAGUAUGUCUCACACCUUUUCCAAUCUCCCUGUUUUUUGGUGAAGAAAAAUGUCUUUGCACUCUGUGAGUGCUGGCUCUUUGAAUAAAAGAGCCUCUGGCAUAUAGAUGAAAUAGAGUAUUUUAUGCUCUGUAGUAUAAAUAUAGAGGGAUUAUUUCACAACACCAAAUACACAAAAAAAUUAUAUGUUUUUCUUUUAAAAAAAAAAACAGUCCACUUAUAGGCCAUUUACUCUGCCUUCACCCUUUUUUUGAAUUACUUUACAUAUUGGAGUUUCUGAAGUGAAAGUUGAUCAAUGUGAUCUUUUUUCAGCAUCAGAGCAUGUAAGAGGAGUGAAAGUAGCAAAAAAAAAAAAACAAGAAACUGCCUCUUCUGUAAUCAAGUCAGUGCUGUA